AUGUGUGAUGAAUGUCAACUUCGGAGAAAAAAUCCGUGUAAAGGAGUGGUUGUGAAACCUAUUUUGUCGAAAGAUUUCAAUUCUAGAGGGCAGGUUGAUCUUAUUGACAUGCAGAGUAUGGCAGAUGGGAAUUACAGAUUUAUUAUGAAUUACCAGGAUCACUUGACAAAGUUCUGCAUCCUUGAAAGUUUAACAUCCAAACGAGCAGCAGAAGUUGCUUACAAAUUGCUAACAAGUGUGUUCUUUGUUUUUGGUGCACCACAUAUUCUACAAAGUGACAAUGGACGAGAAUUUACUGCAAAUAUUAUUCUUGAAUUGAAAGAAAUAUGGCCAGAAUUAGUUAUUGUUCAUGGGAAACCACGCCAUCCACAAUCUCAGGGAAGUGUCGAAAGAUCAAAUGGUGAUGUUCAUGAUAUGUUGGUAAGCUGGAUGAGAGAUAAUCAUACAACAAAGUGGAGCACUGGAAUAAAGUUCGUACAGUUUCAGAAGAAUCGCCGUGAUCAUUCUGGGAUUAAAAGAUCACCAUAUGAAGCAAUGUUUGGAUGUGCUCCAAAGAUCGGAUUGUCCUCCUCCUCUAUCCCUGAAGAAAUAUUGCUCACUCUUCAACAAGAGGAAGACCUACAAAUUCAUGAGCCUCAGAACACAUCAUCUGAAAACAACAAUCCGGAGGUAUCCUCUCAAACACAACAAAGCCCCCCAAAUCUUAGGAGAGACCCUACAGAAACAACAGAGGGGUUUCUAUUGGAAUUUGAAAGAGAGUGCACAGUUUGUAAUGCUCUGUUUCAAACGGAUGACAAUAAUCAGAACAGUUGUGAUAUUUGUUGUCGAUCACAGAACAUUCAAAGAGAGCGCCAUGCCAGUGCUUCAAAUAUGUGUAAGCAAGCAGAGAAAAUGAUCACGAGAAGCAACCAAAUUUUACGCCCCGUUCAGGUCCAUGAUAAUGUAACGAUACCCAUCCCAGCUGUAGACAGAGGACGCGGAGACCCCAGAAAUCUUCUUUGUCUCAUCUUAGAAGUGGACGAGGCUAAUGCACAGUUCAAACUGGGCACAAAACAUGGUAUUCUUCAUGGAGCAUUUUCUCGAAAUCAGUUUUUACCAUCAUCAGUACAUUCUUUAAUGGUUGAUGACAUUAAUAGAGAAAAUGAAAUUAGUGUUAGGGAAGCUGCUCGGCUACAAUCUGUUGGGGAUGGACAAGGCUUCAUGAAAUGUACAUGUAAAAGUGGCUGCAUCAGAAGAACAUGUAAAUGUCUAAAAGCAAAUUUACUUUGUAACUCAAGGUGUCACAACAGUCUGUCCUGUCGCAAUAAGUAA